GUGUCACGUGGUUCGCGUCAUGGUCGUCGUCAUGGCAGUUCACUCUCGUAAAUUGACGUCGCCGUCGUAUAACGUCAGUUAUCUUUGUGCUACAAGAUGUUGAGCUCCGGGUUACUUACCGUAAAGAGGCUCUGAUCUUUACCAAGAGUCGCAACGGGAAUAAAGAAGAGUGUUCAAAUUCAAGCUUGGGGCAGGUGUAUUCCACAUACACCUGAUGAUGGGUUUCUGGCAGCCGGUGACCAACCUUCGAGAUUAUGUAUCCCAGAAUCCUCCAGGGGUUACAUUUUUCCUCUGGCUGUUGACUCUCGCUAUCUCCUUUAUCUGCCUCAGCUCUUACAGCUACACACAUACUCUGCCUAACCCUGACACAGCAGAGGACUGGAACCUUCUACUGUCCUCAUUAUCUCAGUUCCAGCUGUGUGUGAAAGCCAACACAAGUUCACCUGAGCUUGUAUUGCCAGUCCCCUCUGCUCUGAUGGAUCGAGACACUUCAGUUAACUCUACAAAGACUCCCUCUCUCACCACUCUGCGGGUCAAGGUUCCUCUGGCUGUGACUUCUGACUCAAACAGUGGCUCCCUGAACUACCUUGGUUUACACACUGCCUUGAGAGCCAGUCAAUUACAUCUUAGAGGCAAUCAGAUUGUUAACAUGACUCUAGAGUUUUUGUCUGGAAAUGAUACCUACACCUGUCUCACCAUAAGUGCUCCAGUGCACCUGCUGCCCAUGAGUCUACUUCCGCCAGAGUGCCCUGUAUUUGAGAACAAAAUUUCACCCAUCCAAGUGGAGGCGGUCAACCAGCUGCCUACAGCAUCACAAACCUGCUACAGUCUUCACUCAAUGAAUGACCCGACACUGACUGUCAUGUUAACACAGGAGGAGCAGAGCGUGGCAGUGCGACAUCUGUUGGAAGUCAGUGCGUGUCUCCUCGGAGUUUGCUUGAUACUCUGUGUAGCUGCUAGUAUGACACAUUCGCUAAUACGCCGCUACCAUUGGAGUGAAAUGGAUCUGCAAAAAGAGCCCUUGAUGGACAGCUGAACAUUUUUCAUCUCCUGUGUCCGAAAGAAAUUUGUUGGUGGUGGAAAAAGGUGCGAUUUGUGUCAUUCCUUUUUAAAGGGGCACCCCACCCAAAUUUACAUAAGAAACAAGUUUACACGUCAUGGGGAGUAAGUCCUACUCAGCCUAACGGCUUCUGUUCUGGGGGCAGCUUGUUAUCGUCUGAGAAAUGAACCCUGUUAAUGUCAUUAGGGUUAUCUCUGCUUGGGUUUGAAGACUAAAUAUUUAUGUAGCAUCGAGCGAAGUGAAGAUAUUUCAUAUUUCUGAAUCAAUUCUGAACAUUUCUAAUACGUGUCUCACAAGUUUCUCAACUUAAAGUGCAAUACUUAAUUAGUGGUGCAUCCCUGUUAUAGGACAAUGUUGUAUCAUACAAUAUCCAAAACAGAGAAAUGGUGUGAUAGAGGAGGUGUAUAUUAAGUAAUGGGACCAUGGUGUGAAGGAAAUAGCUCUUAAACGUGUGUGCAUGUACAUUACCAGUAUUAUGAACUGACAUGUCAUGUAGACUCUGAGAAGCUCACUCUGUCCAUGAGCUCAGAAACAGAUAACUGGUCCAGAAGGUAUAUCCUGUUUUCAAACAUUAUUUUCCUAGUUUUAAUAUGAAAAUAUGAAAAGUUUAUAUUAAGGUACCCAACAACGGUUUAAUUUGUCCUGCCAAAUGAAGGAAAGCUAUUAAAGUAACCCUUUAGGCUUGAUCUAUGUGCACAUACAGUACUAGUUAUUAUAAACGUUUGCAGUUACUCAUCUAAAGUACAAUGAAGCCUUACAAACUUGGCUACAUUACUGAAUGUCUCCUCUUGGGAUCAAUAAAGCUGUAUGUUAUUAGUGUUGUGGCACUCAGGACCAGUAAAGGAAUAGGGAGAUCUAGAAAUCAAAAUGUGACUAGGCUAUGUAUUUGAUUCAUGGUUUUAAUGUUUCUUUAGAAAAAAAACAGUUCAAAUAUACCAUACCUGACAUUACUAGCAUUUCCAAAUGUAUUAUUUAGGAUUUUUUUUGGUUUCUUUUUUAAUGCAGUAUAAAAAUCAACCAGCAGAUACUUGAUUAAUUUGCUUUACAUUUGUUCAGAUUAUGCCAGAUUCAUCAUUGUCCAAGUGACCUUAUUGUGUAGAAAUACACAAAAGAAAGGACCAACUGCCAAAAUUGUCUGUAUUGUCAAUGAUGAUCAGUUGUUAAACACACAAUAAACACAAAUGUCUCCUCUAAA